GGUUCUGGGGGCUGCAUCCUGGCCCUGGAGCAGCCUGGUUUGGAGGUGCCAUGGCUGCCGAGGUGAAGGUGACAGGGCAGAACCAGGAACAGUUCCUGCUGCUGGCCAAAUCCGCCCGCGGAGCUGCUCUGGCCAGCCUCAUCCAUCAAGUGCUGGAAGCCCCUGGCAUCUACGUCUUUGGGGAGCUGCUGGAUAUGCCCAGUGUCCGAGAGCUAGCUGACAGCGAAUUCUCCCCCGUCUUCCGCCUGCUCACUGUCUUUGCGUAUGGGACGUAUUCAGAUUAUCUGGCCGAAGCCGGGAAUCUGCCUGCGUUAACUGAGGCUCAGAAGAACAAACUCCGCCAUCUCUCGGUGGUCACGCUGGCUUCCAAGCUCAAGUGCAUCCCUUAUUCGGUCCUGCUGGACCAGCUGCAGCUGAAGAACGUGCGGCAACUGGAAGACCUGGUGAUCGAGGCCGUGUACGCGGACGUCCUGCGCGGGAGCCUGGACCAGCGGAACCAGCGGCUGGAGGUGGAUUACAGCAUCGGGCGGGACAUCCGGCGGGAGGAGCUCAGCGCCAUCACCCGCACCCUUCAGGAAUGGUGCCAGGGCUGCGAGGUGGUCCUCUCCAGCAUCGAGGAGCAGGUCAGCCGAGCGAAUCAGCACAAGGAGCAGCAGCUGGGCCUGAAGCAGCAGAUCGAGAGCGAGGUUGCAAAUCUGAAGAAGACCAUCAAAGUGACGACGGCAGCAGCUGCGGCCGCCACUUCCCAAGAUCCCGAGCAACAUCUGUCUGAGCUCCGGGAGCCCGCUGCGGGUACCAACCAGCGGCAGGCGAGCAAAAAGGCUUCGAAGGGCAAAGGGCUCCGAGGCAGUGCGAAAAUCUGGUCGAAAUCGAACUAGCAGGAUUCUGGCGUGGCUGGGGAGGACCAGCAGGCAGCCGCCCCUCCACGUGUGGGGCUUUCUUCUCCAACCACGACGUCUCUGUCUGUGUGCCCCCUCCCCUCUUUCCGUUUCUUUCCUCCUGCUACGUUCUCUCCUUCCCUUGCUCUCUCGCAAGCCUUUUGGCAGCCCUUCUGUUUCAAACAGCACUUCCCCCCUCCUUUCCCCACCUCUCUCUCUCUGUCCCCCCACACACCCUGAACCCCUUUUCUUUUCAGGGUGCAUUUUGAAAGAGCCAUAAAACGACCUCAGUUCUCUCAGUCGCAUUUGCAGUGACAGAAUGUUGUGGCAGUCCAGGGGUGGGAAUGAACCGGGCACCAUGCAGCUGCCUCAGUUCUAGGGGAGGGGGGGAUCUCAGGACACUUUUGCUCUGGGGGAGGGAUGAUGCACCGUUAACAUCUCUCUUGUUUUGUUUUUCUGCUUUGCUCCAGUCAGCGGAAGGGGGCACGUGUGUGUGGAUUGUUUUUAAAUAGUAUAAAUAUAUAAAGCAAUUUAAAAAGAAAAAAGAAAUAAAUCUAUGGACAUAUCCGAAGGGG